AUGAACGGCCAUUUCUCUGCGGUCGGCGCGGACGCCACCGCCCAGGAGUACGAGCAUGGCAUCCAGGUCAUCGAUGAGGAAAAGGAGUUCAACGCCAACGUCAAUGCCUACCUCCAAGAGACCAGCGUCGCCCAGGCCGGCUUCAACUAUCACCUCAUCUCCGUAUUUGGCUCGCAGUCCACCGGCAAGUCGACCCUGCUGAACCACCUCUUCGGCACCGAGUUCAACGUCAUGUCCGAGGCCGAGCGCCGCCAGACAACCAAGGGUAUUUGGAUGUCCAAGAACAAGAAUGCCACCGCAGGCUCCGUCGACCUGGCGGAGAACAUUCUGGUCAUGGAUGUCGAGGGCACAGAUGGUCGCGAGCGCGGCGAAGACCAGGACUUUGAAAGGAAGAGCGCCCUCUUUGCGCUUGCCACGAGCGAGGUCCUCAUCGUCAACAUUUGGGAGCACCAGGUCGGUCUCUACCAGGGGGCCAACAUGGGUCUCCUGAAGACCGUCUUUGAGGUCAACCUCCAACUGUUCCUGAAAGACAAAGAAUCUACGCCUCGAUCCCUCCUAUUCUUCGUCAUUCGCGACCACAUAGGCAACACGCCGCUUGCCAACUUGCGGAACACGCUGAUCCAAGACCUGACCAAGAUCUGGCAAUCGAUCUCCAAGCCACCAGGGCUGGAGAACUCAAAGAUCGAGGACUACUUCGAUUUCGCCUUUGCUGCACUCCCCCACAAGAUCCUCCAACCCGAUAAAUUCGUGACCGAGGUACAAAAUCUUGGCACCAGAUUCGUCGCCGGCCACCGCUCCACGAAGGACCAGGAGUUUGUCGGAGGCGUCUUCCUCCCCGAGUACCACCGCAGGAUACCUGCUGACGGCUUCUCCGUCUAUGCCGAGGGCAUCUGGGACAAGAUUGUCCAUAACAAGGAUCUCGAUCUGCCCACUCAGCAGGAGCUGCUCGCACAAUUCCGUUGCGACGAGAUCUCGCGAGAGGUGCUGCUCGCAUUCGACACGGUGAUAGCGCCCCUCGAGGAGAACCAGGCCGAUGCCACUCGGUCCGGGAAGCCCUUUGUGCUUCCCGUUCUUGGGGCCACAGGUAGCGAGGCGAGGACCAAGUGCCUGGCAGCGUUCGGAACCCAGGCUAGCAGGUACCACAAGGGUGUCUAUACUACGAAGCGUGCCGAGUUGGAGAGCAAGAUUGACACGCGGCUCAAGGUCCUGUACCAGGGACAGCUUUCUGCUGCUCACAAGGCCGGUGUCACAGCCUUCAGCGAUGCGGUCAGCGGCGCAGUCAAGGCCGGGCAGAAGUCGGGCGGUGCUUAUGACUUUGCCGAGAUUGUCGAGAAGCAGAAGAGAAAAACGCUCGACAUCUUCAAGCAAGAAGCUCAGAGUCUCCUGAUCGAGGGCGUGGCCUGGACCAACUUCAAGCCUCAGUAUCUCCUGUUUGAGAAGGAACUGGAUGAGGUCAGUGCGCGCCUCAGGAAGGAGGAGAUGCGCCGGUUGGCUACAAGGGUCGAACGCUGGGUCAGGUCGCGGCUUGGCGAUGCGGUGGGCCUGGAGUUCAACAAGCUAGGCUCUGGUCGUGCCGGAGCUGGCGCACCGGAACUCGGCGAGAAGCCAGCGAGCGAGAAGGAUCUUUGGGACCGCAUUUGGAACGUCUUUGUUGCCAUCGUCAAGGAGGCACAAGAACGCUUUACCGAGCGGGCCAAGAGCUUCGAGGCCAGCGAGGACGAGGUAGAGAUCGGCCUGUGGCGCCUGCGUCGCAAGAGCUGGAUCGCUUUGCGCGAGAAGAUCGAGGAGGAGGUCAUGGAGGGCAACAUUCUUCUCAAGCUGCGUGAGAAUUUCGAGGACAAAUUCCGCUAUGACGAGGCGGGCGUGCCCCGGAUCUGGCGGCCCAGCGAUGACAUCGAGGGGAUCUACACCCGUGCCCGGGAGUCUACCCUUGGGCUCAUUCCGCUUCUCUCAAGAUUCAGGCUCGCCGAGACUAUCGCCCCCCCAGAUCUCCCGGCUUGGGUCGGGCCGCAACCGCAUGGCGUGGAGCUCGAGGACGAGGAGGAUCUCCCUCCCAUCGGCGGCGUGGAUGAAGAGGAAGGGAAGAGCCUCGAAGAGGAGAUGACGGUGCUCAGCGAGAGCAAGCGGCAGGAUCUCGUCAUCCGAUUCAAGAAGACCGCUGACGGAGUGUACGUCGAGGCCAAGCGUAGCGCCCUUGGCGGCAUCACGCAGGUGCCGUUGUAUUUCUACAUCAUCCUGUUGGUGCUCGGAUGGAACGAGAUCGUCAUGGUCUUGCGCAAUCCUUUCCUUUUCCUCCUCAUCCUCAUCACCGCAGGAGGCACCUACGUGGCAUACACGCUCAACCUGCUGGGCCCCAUGAUGCAGAUGGCCAACGCCGCGUCCAACCAGGCCGUGGAGAUCGGCAAGGCAAAGCUCCGAGACUUCCUGGAGAACAAUGACACGGCGCGACAGGCGCUGGCCAUGCCCGCCAGGGAAAACAGCUCUGCGAGCAUGGACACUUUGGAUAGCAGGGGCAAGAAGAAGGCCGAGGCGGCCGACGACGACGACGAGAUCUAG